AUGCGUACUACUUUCCUAGUACCGAAACCUAAUGCAUCGAUAGGCCAUGAGUCCAGCAGCUGCCCCCGUCCUCGUACUACCGAGAGGGUCGGUGCCGCCGAUAUCACAAAAUUGAAGACCAAUGGCUUCUAUACUGUUGCUUCCGUUCAUGGGGCUACCCGAAAGACCCUUCUGAAGAUUAGAGGCUUCAGUGAGGUCAAAGUUGAAAAGAUCAAGGAUGCCAUCAACAAGUGUUUGCCAUCUGCGUCUGGAUUCAUCACGGCAAUGGAGUUGAGCCAUCAGCGGAAGAGAGUGGUUCGUAUCUCAACGGGGAGCAAGCAAUUUGAUGCUAUAUUGGGAGGUGGUUUCCAAAGCAUGAGUAUCAGCGAAGUCUUUGGGGAAUUCCGGUGUGGCAAGACACAGCUAUCACAUACUAUGUCCGUCGUGGCACAGCUUCCAAAGGAAAUGGGCGGUGCAGACGGCAAAGUUGCUUACAUUGAUACCGAAGGCACGUUCAGACCAGAGCGUAUUGCUCAGAUUGCCGAACGAUUCGGCGUUGACGCUGACUCGGCUCGGGAAAAUAUUGCCUAUGCGCGAGCUCUUAAUAGUGAACAUCAGCUAGAAUUGUUGAAUACCCUGAGCAAAGAGUUCACUGGUGGAGAAUAUCGCCUUUUGAUCAUUGACAGUAUCAUGAAUUGCUUCCGGGUGGAUUACUGUGGGCGUGGAGAACUUGCGGACCGUCAGCAGAAGCUUAAUCAGUUUCUGAUGAAGCUCGCCCAUAUGGCUGAAGGUUUAUACUCCUGUUCUGGCCCUUUGAUAUGUGGACUGACUGGAUAUCACUUUAGAAUUCAAUGUUUGCGUCCUAAUGAUGGACGCAAGCCUGUGGGUGGCCAUGUCCUAGCGCAUGCAUCCACAACUCGAGUUCUUCUCCGCAAAGGCCGCGGAGACGAACGUGUUGCAAAAAUUCAGGACUCACCAGAUUGUCCGGAGCAAGAAGCGACCUACGUGAUCACUAAUGGCGGUAUCAAUGAUCCCGAUAAGGUGUAG